UUAAAAGUACAGGUUAGUAGAGACGUGUAUUUACUACUGAAGCAGGAAGUGUAGUGUGAACAUUGAAGAUAUGAUUAAUCUCUUACUGAGCGUUAUAGAUCUGCGCAGAAUUCACGGCGUUUAUUAUCUCUGUAACUAAUGUAUUCAAGGAAAAAUGUCGGCAGAUUUGAUGUUAGACUUAGAGACUCGUUCUCUGCUAAAUCAUAUUGAUACUAAGAUGUACAGCGACAGCGGGGAUGUCUGUAUCGACCAGGAUGGCGAGUGGGAUCUCAGCCUGUUUGAUGAUCUGGAUAAUUUAGGAGAUGCUGACGAGCUAUUACAGGCUCUGGGAAAUACUACCGGCGAGGUGGCAGAUCUCGACUUUGACAUUGAUCUGACGCCCUGGCACUCGGACAGCUGCACAGAUGGAGAUACAACUGCGGGGCCUUUUUCGCCAAGCCUUACGCUCAGUUCAGUUUCCUCUCCUUGCUCGGUGGCGUCCCCUUCCUCCUAUUGUGUUCCUGAGGAGUUAGAUCUCUCUCCACAGUCCCAGGCUUCGCCUGUGUCUGUCUGCUCCGACGCCAGCAGCACUUAUGAUGUUGUGGAAGAAAAGAAGCCGCAGAAGAGGGCAGGCCAGAGCUCCAGAGGAAAAUCAUGUGCUCCAAAACGUCCCAUUCAACUCACCCCCAAAGUGUCCAUUCAGCCCAAGCCGGUUAUCACAACAGUUCCAAUUGCCCACUCCACUGCUCCUCUUACAGCCAAAACCAUAAUAAUUCAGCCUCUUCAGACCUUGCUCUCCGUGUCCAAACCACCACCUGUGAGCAUCCAGCCUGCACCCCCUGGUGGACGACCUGUGAUGCUGAGCCAGCCGACCCGACUGGUGCAGCUGCAGAGUCCACAGAUUGUUCCACCACAACCCGUGCUGGCCAUGCCUAACGGGCUCAUCACCGUGCCCGCUCUCCCCCAGGACAAAUUCGCGCCCAAUGGAAAUGGCUCAUUUCCUGCAGCCACUCCGCCUGUCUUGACUGUACCCAUUCAGAACACCUCUGCCCUGGGAGAUACAAGUGUGAUGAGGAGGCAACAGAGGAUGGUUAAAAACCGGGAGUCGGCCUCCUUGUCUCGGAAGAAGAAGAAGGAGUAUUUGCUGACCCUGGAGGCCAGGCUGAAAAUGGCGUUGUCCGAGAACGAAAACCUCAAGAACGAGAAUGGCUCCCUGAAGAAGCAGCUCGAAGGGCUUCUGACCGAGAACAAGAUUCUUAAAGUGACAGCACCUAAAAGACGAGCGGUGUGUGUCAUGGUGGUCUUGGCGUUUGUUAUGCUGAAUAGUGGUCCAAUAAGUUUAUUUGAUCAAGACUCCAAAUCUAAGAUUCCCACCGGUGCUGUACACAACAGCAGACAUCUGCUUGAGUUCUCCCCAGAAAAUGAGAACACCAGAAUUGCGGAAACUCCUGAAAUUGUCAUUCCUCAAACAUAUGACAGGUCUGAAAGUGCUCCCUUGGAGAAGAAGGCUCUCAUGGUGGUGAAGAAGGAGCCCCUUUUGUUUGUCCCUCCUCUUCCUUGUCAGCCCCCCAUCAACAGAACCAAGUCUAUCAAGCUGGCUCACGAACUGCGUGGCUGGGUUCAUCGUCAUGAGGUGGAACGGACAAAAUCCCGAAGAAUGACAAACCACCAGCACAAAACAAAAACAAUGACGAAAGCCCAGGAGAAAAAGGCUGAAGUCGCACAGAUUGUUAGAGUCCAGUACACCGACACAUUGGAUAAGAACUCAGGGAGCGAGUUACAGGUGUACUACGCUCCUCACCGGAGCUACAAUGAUUUCUUCGAAGAGAUUCACCGCAGGGGAGAUACUUUCUAUGUGGUGUCAUUUCGAAGGGAUCACCUUCUUCUGCCUGCUACAAAUCACAUUAAGGGGAACAGGCCCAAGAUGUCUGUGGUAUUACCUGCUAUUAACACAAAUGAGAGCGUGAUAAAGGAAGAAGAAUACGAAGUGAUGAUGCAGAUUGACUGUGAGGUCAUGGACACCAGGAUCCUCCACAUCAAGGCUUCCAGCAUCCCCCCAUUCCUACGGGCCUCCAGUGGCAAUCAGACUGACUCUUUCUACUCCUCCGCCAGCAGGCAGGCCACACCACCUGUUGGAGUAAUCACAGGUUCUGCCACAUAAGCCUGGAGUGCAGCGCUAGAAUGAUACCCAGCAGUGUGUUUUAUACAUAUUGUUUUUUGAAGAAUGCACGUCUUUCCGAAGAUAAUGUUUCAGGUCACCUUCAUUACGUUUUCCCUAAAUUCUGUUUCUUCACUGAAUGUAUUUUUCCUCUGCAUCUUUCAAUCAUGUCUGCUAAAGAGUGUAAACUUUAAUGUAAAUACUUCCGAAUAUC